AUGCUCUCGUUUCGACCACUGUCCAUAUUCUUCAUCGCGUUAAUUCUGGCUUUUGUGCAUAAAGCCACAGCUCAUCCCAUCCGAACAUCGAAAUGGAUCAAAGCCUCCGAAUUCAAAGAUCAUAAGGCGCGGGGCAUCUGGAAGGUCUUUGAAAAAAGCAAUGAACAAGCUUUGCCUCAAUUCCCUGGGGCAAGGCCCACUCAGAUCAACCCCCAAUCAAAGAUCACUCGACAGGAAUUAAUCCAUGAACAUAAACCAUCGGGUCGUCAUUAUAAACGUACUAUUACCCCAGAAAAAUCAAUCGUCUCUGUCCUGGUACCCGAACCAUCUACUCCGGUGCGCCUACGUCGACACUCGAAUGCUCACCCUGAAAAGGACAGCCAUAAAUCUUCACAGGCCGGCGUCAAUAAACCAAAACAAUAUGGUCAAUUUUUGACUCGCCACAAAGCAGGUGGGAGCGUGUUGAAAGUGGAAGAGAAUGAAUAUUCUUCUUCCGUUUCCUUGCAACCCUCUUCCGAACGUCGGAUAUAUCUCUUGUCUUCAACCCGAUUUUCAGUCCCUUUCUUGAAUUUUGCUCAUUUGUCAUUUCCCCGAUUUCCACUUCCGGGUGUUUUCACGAUGGUCAUGAUGCUUUUGAUAUUUGUUUGGAUUGCAAUCUUAACAGUUGGCCUGGUUGAAGUGGGCGAUUAUCUAUGGAAUCGGCGGGGAGCUGCACAGUUGGAAAUUGAAAGUGAUAAUAAUUGCUUGGAGAAUCAUGAUGAGGAUUCGGGAAAUAGACCUACGGAAUUGGUGAAAGAACCUUUUCAGAUUGUUGUCGUUCCUCGAGUUCCUAAGCAUGAGCCCGAUGCCAUCCCAAACGAGGCUAUCUCUACAUAA